GAUAUAAUAUAAAUUAACGUAAAAUGUUAAAUUCAAAAUGUUAUACAUGUAUCGAUAUAUCGCGCUUAAAUAAAUACCCCCCUUAUAUCGAUAUUGUCAUCGAUGGUCGUCCACCACUAGCUGCCAAUAACAAUAAUAAACAAAUACGAAUAGAAUAAUACUCCUGACCACAAAUGGACGACGGCGAACUGGUCAAACUGAUUGAGAGCCACAAGAUCCUAUACGACAAGGACAGCGCCCGAAGCGUAAAGAAUGCGGCGCUAAAGGACGCGGCCUGGAAGGCAAUCUCCCUGAAAAUGGGCGCCUCCGAACGGGCCUGCAUCACGCGCUGGAAGAGCAUCCGUGACAGGUUCGGUAAGGAGUUCCGACGUUUCCAGGAGCGACCCGAUGAGCCCACCUACUGGGACAUGUUCCCACGCCUGCUCUUCCUCAAGGACCACUACAAGCAGGGCCUGGUCAAGAACGAGUGUCUGGACGGAAUGCGAUUCGCGACGCGGGAGCAGCGACGAAGGCCCAAAGCAGAUGCAGAGCCGGACAAGCGCCGCAGGGGCGAGGAGGAGGAAGAGGACUGCCAGGACGACCUGCUCAACGAACAACUCAUUGAGCUAGUAAAGAUGCAUCCAGUGCUAUACGACCGUCACAAGAUUCGGGUGUCCAAGAACCUUGCAGCCAAAAACGAGGCUUGGCGGAAGAUCUCGGAGAACCUUAAUGUGUCUGAGGAGCUUUGCUAUAAUCGGUGGAAAAAGUUGCGGGAUCGCUUCGCGAGGGAGUAUAGAAACCAGCAAAUUAACCAGGCCACGCCAAUUACCUGGCGAUAUUACAAGGAACUGCUUUUCCUGGGCCGCCACUUUCGCAAGGGAGUACCGCUGAUCCUGGAGAAUAUCAAACGACGUGGCCGACCGCCCAAGUCAACAAACUCUCCCUGCAAUCCCGCAAAGCAGGGAACAGUCAUGGAAAUCUCGAGUGGCGAGCAAAUCUGGGGUGCCGAUUAUCCCUACAGCACGGAUAACGACGACAUGGAAGAUGAGCUGGAGCUGCCCUAUGACGAUAGCCAGGAAAUCGAGAUCAUUUCCGAGGCAGAGCAGACUACGCCCUACGACUUCAUUCUCACCGAGGCCACGCAAUCUCAGGUAUUGGAGCCACCGCAGCAGCUACAGGUGACCACUACGACGCCAGCGAUGAGCGAAGAGAUGGUUCACACACUUGAUAGAAGCCAUCCCACCGGAGAGGAGCUGUCCUCCCUCGUCGAUGACUUCCCACCAACUGCCACCGCCGACAAGCUCCUGAGCACUGUGAUAGCCAAUAUGGAAACUGUGCUGCAGCAGUCGAGAGAGCUGCAGGUUCAAAUUCAACAGGAUCAGCUGGAUCAGGAGAAGGAGCGGCGCAGUGCUGGGCCGGAGAACAGCCUUCUGGCCAAGGCUCAGAUGCUGCUGGAUGGCCUGAGUCCCUUAGAGCGCUCGAAUGCUGAGCGCAAGAUUGUGCAGUUCCUGUGCCAGUGUCAGAUCAAGGCUCUGGAUGGGGAGGAUAUUGAGGAUGUGGCCCCCUGCCAGCUAUUCAACUGAAGAAGUGCGGUAAUGAUUGGGGUUCCUAUUAGUUAAUUGUGAGUAAAGCGAAUAAUAUUAAUAAGUUAUAAACACAUAGUAUUAAGCUGAAAAUAUUGUUUAAUCAGACUAAG